AAUUCUUCAGACUCUGUGUCGAAAACUGAAGCUCCCGGAGUCCUUUGAAUUUCAUCAUUUAGCACGGCUGACUCCGGGUUAUGUGGGUGCUGAUUUGAUGGCACUUUGUCGUGAGGCAGCCAUGUGCACAGUGAACAGGGUCCUGAUAAAAUCUGAGAAGCAGAAAAGGAAACGCACACACGCUGGAGGAAACGCAGCUGAAGGAAGCGUGGGAAUAGGAACAGACAACCUGGUAGAAGAAGAUACUGGACAAUUAGAACUUCCUCCGAAGGAUGAAUUGCAGAGGCUUUUGGAUUUGCUGAAGAAGCAAGACCCCUUGCCGGAGGAGCAGCUGCAGAAGCUGUGCAUUGAGAUGAAUGAUUUCAUUGUUGCACUGUCGUCGGUGCAACCCUCUGCCAAGAGAGAAGGCUUUGUCACAAUUCCUGAUGUGACAUGGGCAGAUGUCGGAGCCCUGGAGGACGUUCGGGAGGAGCUGACUAUGGCAAUAUUGGCACCUGUGCGAAACCCAGAGCAGUUUAAAGCUCUGGGCCUGACUACUCCAGCCGGUGUCCUGCUGGCAGGGCCUCCUGGGUGUGGCAAAACACUGUUGGCUAAGGCUGUGGCAAAUGAGUCUGGACUGAACUUCAUCUCUGUGAAAGGUCCUGAACUGCUAAAUAUGUAUGUUGGUGAAAGCGAACGUGCAGUCCGUCAGGUAUUCCAGCGCGCCAGGAAUUCAGCCCCUUGUGUUAUAUUUUUUGAUGAAGUUGAUGCUCUGUGCCCUCGGAGGUCUGACCGUGAAUCAGGAGCCAGUGUCCGAGUAGUUAACCAGUUACUCACGGAGAUGGAUGGUCUGGAGAAUCGUCGGCAGGUUUUCAUUAUGGCUGCCACAAACAGGCCAGAUAUAAUUGACCCAGCUAUCCUGCGUCCUGGUAGACUGGAUAAAACACUUUAUGUGGGUUUGCCACCACCAGAAGAUCGACUUGCUAUUUUAAAGACCAUCACCAAAGAUGGCACCCGGCCCCCACUAGAUACUGAUGUAAGCCUUGAAGAAAUUGCUUACAGCCAGCAUUGUGACUGUUAUACAGGGGCAGACCUUUCCGCUCUAGUGCGUGAGGCUUCAAUUUGCGCCUUGAGACAGCAAAUGGCCCUGCAGAAUACUAAAAGCAAGAAAGGAGAAAUCAAGGUUUCCUGUAAACACUUCGAAGAAGCUUUUAGGAAAGUGAAGUCUUCAGUAUCAAAAAAGGAUCAAAUCAUGUAUGAAGAACUGCGUCAGUCACUGUGCAGGUGAUACCUCUGGACAGUUCCCCCAAGAGACUUACUCUGCAUUGGUGGAGAGUUGCGUAAUACCUGUGCCUGACUUCAAGAGACAGGUCGGAAAAAACCUGUACUACAUAGUGCUCAGCUUUUUAAACUGUACCUGAAAGUCGUCAUAACCUACUGCUCUGAACCAUCCUUAACUUAUUUUCAGAAUAAAAGAUACAACAUACACUCCUUGCUU